UGUUCGAUACAGAUCAGUCCGAAGAAACGAAAGUGACUGAGGUUCAAUUAUUACAUUUUCUGAGAGAAAUGUCACUUUUAAAACCAACUGCUGGGUCGGCAGACAUAAGUUCAUAUAGAGAUCAGCAUUUUAAGGGAAGUAGGACAGAGCAGGAAAAAUUAUUAAAGCAGAGCUGUACUCUGUAUAUAGGAAACUUGUCAUUUUACACAACAGAGGAACAAAUACAUGAACUUUUUAGCAGAUGUGGAGAUGUGAAAAGAAUAGUCAUGGGACUAGAUAAAGUGAGGAAAACACCCUGUGGUUUCUGCUUUGUUGAAUAUUAUAUAAGAGGUGAUGCAGAAAAUGCUAUGAGAUAUGUUAAUGGUACCCGGCUUGAUGACAGAAUUAUCAGAACUGAUUGGGAUGCUGGAUUCAAGGAAGGGAGACAAUAUGGGAGAGGAAAAACUGGUGGUCAGGUGAGAGAUGAAUAUCGUACAGACUUUGAUGAAGGUCGUGGCGGCUAUGGAAAAAUUGUUUCUAAUAAAAUACGACCAAGAGAUUCUUUGUGACAGACUGAGGAAGGGACAAAAACUUGAAUAUUAGUUUGUUUUGUUAUAAUAGACUGGUUAUGACCACUGGAAAUACAGACUGGUUUAAAUUUAUACAAAAUUUAGUUAAUUCUACUGGAGUACACUAAAAAUGCUAAGCGGAUAAAGAUCUUGGAUGUAUUGACAGAGAAGUUGAAAUGAUAAAAGGAAUCUAGUUGUGUGUGUUAACCAUUCUGCUUUGUAAAUUUAUCUCAAAUUAAUGUCUAUUAUGCCCUUAGGAGGUACAACAUGUUGAAUGAAUGUAAAAAAUGUAAUUUAACUUUUAUCUUUUCUUUUCUUUAAAAAUAAUGAACCCCAAUUUCUUAUCAUUUGAAGUUUAUGUAGUAUUUAGAUAUUUUCAUGCAUUAAUCAUCAUCUUAUACAAGGGUGAUUAAUAUACCGGUACUGAUAAUUUAGUGCAUUAAAUCUGUCUUAUUAAGGUUGUUGUUCAGAUUUUUAAAAAUUUACUCAUGAAGAUGUAAGCAAUUUACUUUUUUAGCAUCGGAAAUAAUAAAUCAAUUGCUUUGGUAAUGCACUCAGAUCAUAAUUUUUAUAUUUUCAAUUUUAAUAUCUAUAAUUCUGACAAUGAAUUAUUAUAAAAACUUGAAUAUUUGUCAAACUACAUUCUUCAAUGUUGUCAUUAAACUGUUGUGGUGUAAAUGAAUAAUUUCAUGUCUGUUGUUAUUAUGUUGUAUAAUUUUUUCUCUCUGAAAAUUGUGAAAUAGUUUGUAAUUAGUUUGUGUGUGACUUCUAAGUUCUUGUACAUGCGUUAACUCACAACCUGCCAAAUUUCUUUAAUGGACUUUUUAGAACUGUCAAUUAUCAGUUAAGGGAACAUGAAGAUAGAAAUUUAAAGAUUUGUUAGUAAGAUUGUACGGAUAUGCCCGCGGUUGUCUUGGUUAUUCUGGUGCUGAAAAACUAAUCACUUUCAGUUCCUGCAGGUAAAUGGUUCAUGUGCUGAGUUGAAAUUUGAUUAUAAAAAUUAUAAUGUAAUAAUGUGGUCCAUGUCUUGAGUUGAGUUGAGUUGAAAUAAUGGUGUUACCAUUUUAUCAUGUAAUUACAAGCAUUUGUGUCAUUUGCCACUUUAGAUGGCAUAAUGUUUUAUUAUUACUCAUAUGUUUCUACAUAUUAAAGUUAAUUGGUCUAUAAUGGAAGAUCUGUAAUAGCAGAAUUAACUAUAUUAUGAUAGUAUGAUGUUGUUGGUAAGUGUUAGAUACAUGAUCUGUUAUGACAUCAAUAUGUCAUGUAUAGCAGAUAAUAAAGUGUUUAUAGAACAAAAUAUUAUUAUUCAUCAUAUAAAUGUUCAUACUACAUCACUUUAGAACUGUAUCAACAUUUUUACUUCCCCGAAAUAUUUCAUAAGAUUAAACCAAAUUAUACAUUCCUAUUGUUUUUAUCAAAAUUUUAAAUACUAAUAAAAAAUGUGUCCAUUAUAGACCAAUCCACUUUAAAGAAAAUGCUUUUUGCUAUUCAUUCCUUAAUGUUUAAAUAGCUGUCUAGCAUUUUAAAUUUUGAAGUUCCUCUGAUAAACAUUAAAAACAAAUUCAAGUAUUUUAUACAAAAAAUAGCCCAUUAAAUGUUGAAAUAUUUGAUACUUUAUUUGCAUUUUUAGCUCGACUAUUCGAAGAAUAUGAGAGCUAUUGUAGUCGCCCUGGCGUCGUCGUCAGCGUCCGCGUCGGCGUCUGCGUUGGUUAAAGUUUUUUGUAAAGUCAAAUAUCUCAAUUAUUACUUGAGAUAUUCAAUUGAAACUUACAAUACUUAUCUAUAGUAACAAGGUACAUCAGAUUGACAAGUUGGAUAACUCUGCCUACAAUAUUUACAGAAUUAUGCCCCUUUUUAACUUAGAAAUUUUGGUUAAAGUUUUUUAUAAAGUCAAAUAUCUCAAUUAUUGCUUGAGAUAUUCAAUUGAAACUUACAAUACUUAUUUAUAGUAACAAGGUACAUCAGAUUGACAAGUUGGAUAACUCUGCCUACAAUAUUUACAGAAUAAUGCCCCUUUUAACUUAGAAAUUUUGGUUAAAGUUUUUUGUAAAGUCAAAUAUCUCAAUUAUUGCUUGAGAUAUACAAUUGAAACUUACAAUACUUAUUUAUAGUAACAAUGUACAUCAGAUUGACAAGUUGGAUAACUCUGCCUACCAUAUUGACAGAAUUAUGCCCCUUUGGAACUUAGAAAUUUUGGUUAAAGUUUUUUGUAAAGUCAAAUAUCUCAAUUAUUGCUUGAGAUAAUCAAUUGAAAUUUAAAAUACUUAUUUAUAGUAACAAUGUACAUCAGUUUGCAAAAUUUCAUAACUCUGUCUGCAAUAUUUGCAGAAUUAUUUACCCCUUUGAAACUUAGAAAUUUUGGUUAAAGGUUAACGGUCUUCAAAGAUAUUUACUUGAAACUUUACACAUGCACUUAGGGUCAUAAUUGGAGGGUCAUAAUUGUAUGUCACUGACCAAGUUCCAUAACUAUCUUGCAUUAAGGCUGAUUCAUAUCCCCUUUUCUACUUAGUCUCUUGGUUAAUGUUUACAUGCAAGUUUUACAUAUCUCAAUAACUAUUAAAGAUAUUUAUUUAAAACUUCACAUAUGCAUUUAGGGUCAUAAUUGUAGGUCACUGACAAAGAUCCAUAAUUCUAUCUUGCAUUUAGGCUGAUUUUUCUCCCCUUUUUCAACUUAGAAAUUCAUGGUAAAGUUUUGCUUGUAAGCUGUUAUCUCAAUAACUACUGAAGGGUUUGUGCCUUUUUUUGGACAAUUUUAUGCAUUCAUAAUAAUAAAGUAGUGAUUUACUUGAUAAAACAUCUUAAUAACAAGCCUUUGUACCUUUUCUGUCAAAUUUAUGUAUUCAUAGGUAAUAAGUAUUAUUAUACUCAAUAAAAAACCCUUGUGACAUUACCUUCCGAAUAGUCAAGCCAAUUCUGUAUAAUUAGACUCUCUCUAAGGCCUAUAACAUGAAUUUAUAAAAAAAAAUUAGCCCUUUUGUGAACUUAAAAAAUUUAACAAUAUCAAGGCUCUUUUACUAUCAAGCACUUAGAAUAGUCGAGCAUGCUGUCCUACAGACAGCUCUUGUUUAAUCAAAUUCUUCUCUGUUUAAAAUGUUAUGAUUGUUAUUUUUAAGGGGAAGUACAGACUUGUUUGUUUUUAAAAAUUGCAUAUAAAAACUGUGAAAAGUGUUUGUCACUACUAAAAUUUAUGUUAAAAUGUAGCAAAACAGUUUUGCAUGGGGAUUUUAAGUUAAGGUAAUUUGUAGAAAAUUUUCUGAUAAUUUUCUUACUGGGUAACAUGUUUAUAUAUUUUACACAAUUUAGUUCAACUGUCAAGGUUUGAUGAAAUUACAACUAUCUCUGCUAAAUUUAUCUACUCAUUGUACUUGUCAAUAUUUUAAAAUUUGGAAUUGUUCAUUAUAAAUGUGGGGGUCUGAUUCAAGUUUAUUCAAUACAUGAAUAUUACAUAGGGUGAACAGGCUCUAUACAGGUGGCAUAGUUUUAUUGUUAUUACAACUUACACUUAAAUAGUUAACUUCUAACAACUUACACGAAAAUAGUUAACCUUUAACUUUGUUGAAUAUAUUACAUGGAUUUGUCCUGCUUUGAAUUUAAAACAAUCCAUUUCAAGUUUAAGGGAUUUCACUAUUGAAAUACAAACAUUGAUCUACCAACAUUAAAUAGAAAAAAAAUGAGCUACCAACAGUAUAGGACUUGGUCAUACAGCCUGGUAUGGCUCUAUACUGGUGAUUAAAGCUAAUCACUUUCAGUUAGGUCAAAGUUUUUUAUGUGAAGAUGUUAAAAUUUACUAAAUGACAAAAAUAUCUUUUACUUAUUUUGUUAUUAUGUUUAAUUCAAACAAUUAGCAAGUUGCAUACAAAAAUAUAAUGUUCUAGUGUACAGUUUCUUCUUCAUUACAUUACAAGACAUGUAUAAAUAUCUCAGUCAUCAUUUUUAUAUAAACAUAAUUAUAUUUUUUAUGUUUCAUCAAUCAUUUUCAGUCCAUAUAAAUUUUGUUCAUGUCUUUGUAUAUAUUUAAGAAAUAAAUUUUGGACA